AUGCAAUUACUAUUUGGUUCACAGAUUGUUCCAUCUGGAGACUUCCUUAUAAAGAAUAUUACUUUCUUAACAGCACGUAUGGCACAUCAUUCGACAUUCAAAUAUGCUGGUUUGGUCUUGCUUACGAUGCAGCAGGCUAGCAUGCCUCUCUUAGCGCGCUAUACACGAUACCGCAGUGAGUCGGAUGUCUUUUUCACUACCGUCAAUGUCUUUAUGAUGGAAGUGGUGAAAUUGCUCACUUGUGCAGCCGUGAUUACAGCCUCAUCUAAAUCUUUAAUCAAAUUUUUUCUUGAACUGAAGGAAGCCAUCUGCGACAACUCUGUCGAAACGGUGAAGGUCUGCAUACCAGCUCUGAUUUAUACUCUACAGAAUAACCUCUACUAUAUAGCACUUUCCCAUCUCGAGGCCACUACAUUUUGCGUUGCCUAUCAAAUGAAGAUCUUCACCACAGCCAUGUUCAUGUAUUUCUUCUUGGGCAAGAAGCUCUCUAUCAAGCAGUGGAUAGCCCUCGUAAUACUUGUUGUAGGAGUGGUAGACGUGCAGCUCGUGUACGCUCCUUUGGAUACACCAGAAAACAUAGAGCAGAAGCCGAUCCUUGGCUUUCUCAGUGUCAUAGUGAUGUGUUUCACUUCAGCAUUCGCCGGUGUAUAUUUGGAAAAAGUGCUCAAGGAAAGCACAACUUCUGUAUGGAUGCAGAACAUUCGCCUAGCGCUUAUUGGAAUCCCAAUAUCUCUCGCGUCAAUGUGGAUUUAUGAUGGAAAACAAAUUUACACAGAUGGCUUCUUCCGUGGCUGGGAUGUCACGGUUGUCUGUUUGACCAUAUUGAACUCUGUCGGAGGACUACUUAUUUCCAUUGUGAUCAAGUACGCAGACAACAUUUUGAAAGCAUACGCACAGAGUAUUGCCAUCAUUGGGGCAGCAGUUGGAUCGUGGUUACUGUUCGACUUUGUACCUGGCUUCUUCUUCUCGCUUGGUUCCAUUCUGGUGAUGGUGUCAGUCGUGAUGUACACAAUUUAUCCGUAUGAACCACCUGGAUUCGACUUCAAUCGAUUCAGCAAUUAUAACGCAAAUCUUCUUACGAUCAAGCCUACCAAAUGCGAUGACCUAUGA